AAAUCCUAAUGGCUCUGAAACAAUUUAAAAUAAGUUUCACUUUCAUCCCACUCCACACAGUCUUCCCUGUAACUGAAAAACCAAAACCCGCAGCAGUUACCAACCUUGGACAUUUCAUUCUCAUGUCGUGUUUUGCCGAGUGACGCUGAAGUAACCAAACACUGAGGUAUCCUUCUUUCUGUUCGUAGAAAUGUUCGUGAAGCUGCAACUCUUGUACACCCACGCACCCCUCCUCGCAAACGCAAACGCGUUUCUUCUGCCAGAGAAAACCGAACAAGUUACCCCCAAUGGCAGAAAGCAAAGAGUCCCUCUUCAUAACGGCGCCGUUAAACAAGAGACCCAUUCGAAGAAACGCCGUCCGGAGAAGAAUCCCGAAGAGUGUGUUCCUAGAAAGACCAAACCGGAGAAGUCGCACACCAAGUGUUCGAUGAAACGCGUCUCUUAUGGUGGAUGCAUUACCGCCAUUCUAGAAGCAUUGGAUGUAGUUCUCGACGUGGAUGAGGCUCUUGGGCCGUGGGAGGACAGGCUUAGCAACAAGGAGAGGAGCAUCAUUUUGAAGGAGCAGCUGAGGUGGGACAGAGCUUUGGAGAUUUUCGAGUGGUUCAACAAAAAGGGUCAUGAAUUGAAUGUGAUUCAUUACAACAUCAUGCUGAGGAGCCUCGGCAGAGCACGCCAGUGGAGACGCGUGGAGAGCUUGUGGAAUGAGAUGAAUGCCAGAGGCAUUGCUGCCACCUGUUCCACUUAUGGAACUUUGAUUGAUGUUUAUAGCAAAGGAGGGCGCAGAGACGAUGCUCUUUCUUGGCUUAACAUGAUGUUGGGACAAGGGGUGCAGCCUGAUGAGGUCACUAUGGUGAUUGUGGUUCAGUUGUACAAGAAAGCAGGAGAGUUUCAGAAAGGUGAGGAGUUUUUCAGAAAGUGGUCAUCUGGUAAACCUUUGAGGAGCAAAAGCAAACCUUUGAGGAGCAAUGAUAAUGUGGUGGCUUCUCCAGAAUUGGAUGAGAGGGUGGCAUGCGCUAAUGCUUCUUUUGGCUCGCAUACUUAUAACACCUUGAUCGAUACAUAUGGAAAGGCUGGUCAACUUAAAGAGGCAUCUCAGACUUUUGUGGAGAUGCUUAAACAAGGCGUGGCGCCGACCACAGUGACGUUUAAUACGAUGAUUAACAUUUGUGGAAACCAUGGACGAUUAGAGGAAGUGAGUUUGCUUGUCCGGAAAAUGGAAGAACUUCGAUGCUCGCCGAACACAAGGACAUAUAAUAUUCUAAUCUCUCUUCAUGCUAAGCAUGAUGAUAUAGGUAUGGCAACAAAGUAUUUUGAAACAAUGAAGGAGGCCUGCCUCGAGCCUGAUCUUGUAAGUUACCGUACUCUUUUGUAUGCAUACUCGAUAAGGAAAAUGAUUCGUGAAGCAGAAGAGCUUGUAAAGGAGAUGGAUAAGAGGAGACUUGAAAUUGAUCAAUAUACCCAGUCUGCUUUGACUAGGAUGUACAUAGAAGCAGGAAUGCUUGAUCGGUCCUUGUUAUGGUUUCUGAGGUUUCAUGUAGCUGGCAAUAUGACAUCCGAGUGCUAUGCUGCCAAUAUUGAUGCAUAUGGGGAGCACGGGCAUACAUUGGAAGCUGAGAAAGUCUUCAUUUGGUGCCAAAAACAGAAGAAUCUCAGCGUCCUUGAGUUCAAUGUGAUGAUUAAAGCAUAUGGCAUAGGGAAAUGCUAUGAGAAGGCAUGUCAAUUGUUUGAUAGUAUGGAGAAACAUGGCGUAGUUGCAGACAGAUGCAGCUAUACUUCUCUCAUACACAUUUUGGCCAGUGCUGACCAGCCACAUAUUGCCAAACCUUAUCUGAAAAAAAUGCAGGAGGCAGGAUUAGUAAGUGAUUGCAUCCCAUACUGUGCUGUGAUUUCCAGCUUUGCAAAAUUAGGCCAAUUGGAAAUGACUGAAGAUAUAUACAGGGAAAUGAUUAGGCAUGGUGUGCAGCCUGAUGUUAUAGUUCACGGCAUAUUGAUCAAUGUUUUCUCUGAUGCUGGAAGAGUUAAAGAAGCCAUCGGUUAUGUUGAUGAAAUGAAGAAAGCUGGCUUGCCAGGGAAUACAGUUAUAUAUAAUUCAUUGAUCAAGUUGUAUGCAAAAAUUGACAACCUGGAAAAAGCAAAAGAAGCAUACAAGUUGCUUCAAUUGUCAGAUGAAGGUCCUGGUGUAUACUCUUCAAAUUGUAUGAUUGAUCUUUAUGUUAAGAGGUCCAUGGUUGAUCAAGCAAAAGAGAUAUUUGAGACCUUAAAGAAAAAUGGAGCUGCAAAUGAAUUUACAUUUGCAAUGAUGCUAUGCUUGUAUAAGAAAAUUGAGAGGUUUGAUGAAGCCAUUCAAAUUGCAAAGCAGAUAAGAAAAUUGGGACCCUUGACAGAUUUAAGUUAUAACAAUGUGCUUGACCUGUAUGCUAUUGCUGGGAGACCCAAGGAAGCAAUAGAGACUUUUAAGGAAAUGGUAAGAGCUUCCAUUCAAGUUAAUGAUUGUAGUCUUAGAUCACUUGGAAAUCUUUUGUUGAGAUAUGGAGUAUCAAGGCUGGCUGUUCACAAAUUAGAAGCAUUAGUGAAAAAGGAUGCUUCCAAUGGUUUGCAGGCAUGGAUGUCAGCACUCGCAAGUGUGCUUGAAGUAGAUGAUUAUGAUCAUGACUAGAUAUAUCCUUUGCAAUCAAGAAUGCAAAGCUCAGUUGAUUGUUUAAAUGGCAUGAGAAUGGCACCAGGUUAACAACUUGACAGCAUGCCAGUUGCAACCAGUCUUUCACCAAUUCAAAUUUCCAACAGCAUUGGGUUGAAGUUGUGAGAAUAGACAAACACCUUUUGAACGUGAUCUAUUCUGCAUGUAUAAACCUUGCAAGAUGACUGUGUACUGAGGUAUGAGGAUCACCAAAAGGAAUUCUGAAGCCCUGAGACUUUGAAUCGAUGACAGCGAGACAGAACCCAAGCACAAAUCUUUUAAAAUUGUUUGGACCAAAGUGUAAAAUUGAAAGAUAAAAGUGUACUUCAUGAAACCCUAUGUUGUAUAAAUUUUUCUGUAUUUAAAUGUAAAUUUAAAUUUCCUUUUUCAGACUGAA